UCAUUUUUACUUGUCUUGCUUAUAUUACAUAAGAACUCUAAAGUUUCCCACUCUUUUCUACUUUCCACAUCAUCUUCAUUAUCUGUGAAAUCAUCUUCCCAACCUCCAUUUGCCAAAUCACUAAGAUCUUCAUCAUCAUCACCUUGCUGUUUUGAUGAUUCUUGUAUUUUUUGUACUUUAUCAUCUACUUCAUUGUUAAGAUAUUUGGAUUCAUUUGAAUUAAUUUUAAGUGAAGUUAUGUUAGAAGUUAUGAUGGAAGUGUUAUUUUGUGAUUUUUUGGCUGACAUUUUAAGCAUAAAGCAAUAUGAUAUUAUGUUGUUGUUGUUCAAAUUUGCUAUUAUCGAUCAAAAAAAAAGAAGGAAUUUAAUGAAGGUUAGCAGGUAACAAUUUUAACAGACAAUAAACAUUGAUUAAUAAUUCGGACUUUGUAAUAUAAGCAACAGAUAUUUUAAUUACUAUUUUUGUUUUUUUUUCUUUCUUAC